AUGUUGCGGAUAAAGGGUUUUGGGGAUUUAAGGAUUGGAUGGGGCGAGAGUAAGAGAUCGGCAAACGAGCAAACGGAUUACCUGGUGGUAAACAAUCAGCGUCGCCCGUGGACACCCGCAACGACGAAGGAGUUCCGAUUAAAAGUUACUCUUAAGUAUUUGACGGACGCGGGCCUGCAGGCGAGGAACAAGGUGAUACAAUAUUAUUAUUUUCGUUUCGCUCGCAUUAUGUUUCGGCGUGUCUCAGAUGACAUUGGCUACGUGGUCUACUCGGCGUUAGGCAGUUUCUACAUACCGUCCUGCAUCAUGGUCUUUGUGUACAUCCGAAUAUACUUCGCGGCGAAGGCGCGCGCGAGGAGAGGGAUCAGGAAGAACCCUAGACCACGACCUAACGAGCAGCAGACCAGUUUUAGUAAUCCCCCAAAGGGCACGCGGCCGAUGCCCUCCACACACCCCAUGCCUCCGGGACAUCUUAGCAAUAACAAUGGCGAAAGCCAGAUAUCAACAAUAGAAACGCCACAAGUGCAAAUACCUACAGUUACCUGUGAACUCGCGUCCGAUAUAUCGACGAGCGAGGCUGGAGACACCUUACCUCCACCGCCGGACGAACGAAAAGAUACGCUUAAGGUCGUCACAUCAGCACAAGUACAAAAAAAUCCACUGGCCUCCUGUCCAUUGAGGAGUUCAACACUCUCAGUGAACGGGGAGCUCCAGCUGCAGCAGGCGAGGGGUAGAGCACCCAGCGUCGCGAUAGAUGCUGACAUGGUCUCCGAAAUGGAACCCUCAUCAUCAGACUCUGGUGUAGUCAGCCGCUGCGGAGGCGUGAAGCCUCUAAAACUCAGAAUCUUCAAAAAGACAGACAGAAGACAAGAAAAAUCUCAACCAAGUAAAUCUGAAUUAGAACCAGCAUUACCAAAGCCACACAAACCUAGAGAUCCAGAGAGAGAAAAGAAACGAUUAGCGAGAAAAAAAGAGAAGAGAGCUACUUUAAUUCUAGGUUUAAUUAUGGGCAGCUUCAUAGCUUGCUGGCUGCCAUUCUUCUUCUUGUAUAUACUUAAAGCAGCUUGCAGAAACUGUGUGAUACCUUCGAGCGCAUUCGCGAUAGCCUUCUGGCUGGGAUACAUGAACUCGGUACUAAAUCCUGUGAUCUACACCAUCUUCAACAAGGAUUUUAGAAGAGCGUUUAGAAGAAUACUGUUUAAGUGA